AUGUAUUUAUUAAAACAUGAUUCAUCAUAUAAACAAUUAUUAUAUGAUCAAACAAAUUUUGACUGUUUUGAUGAUCCAUUAAUAACAUGGUGUCAAAAUCAAAUUCAUAUAUGUAAUUCGUCAUUGAUUAUUUUUAAUAAAUUAUUUGCAAAAACUCAAUCAAUAAUUUUACAAAGGAAAUUUGCUCAAGGAAAACGAAAAGGUGGUGAAGAUCUUGAUAAAGUUUUAAAUCAAAAUGAAAACGAUGAAUAUUUUCAUUUUAAUAAAAGCUUUAUUCAACUUUCGUGUAAUACUUCAUUACCAACAGAAAUAUUUAAAAAUAGUCAUUUAUCUGAUAUAUUUUCUUCAAUUACAUCAUAUCAUACAUGGCGAGAUUUAAAUAUAAUUAAUGAAACAACCAUAGCUGUCAAUCGCUAUGAUUAUGUUAAUUUUUAUCAUACCAUAACUGAUCUUUAUACAGUUUAUCUUUUAUGUCGAUUUUUUCGUCUUGCUCCCAAAUCUGUUCAUAUACUUUUUCUUGAUGCUCAUCCGAAAGGUAAUUUAGAUUUAUUAUGGUCACAAUUAUUUCAUUCAUUUAUUCGUUUGGGACAUUUAAAUAAUUCUUUAAUAUUUUAUAAAGAAUUAAUCUGGUCACCACCACAAGCACAAUCUGAAUUAGAUUUAAAACAAUCUCGUAAAAUAGCACCAAGUUAUUUUUUUGAUUUUCGUCAACAUAUUCUUGAAAAAUUUCAUAUCUCUUCAGUAAUAAAUAAAGAUUUGGAUUGUCAAAAUAUAAAUAUAUUUUUUCUUGUUCGUCAUAAUUAUAUUGCACAUCCAAGAAAUCCAACGGGAGAAAUAACACGACAAUUAAUCAAUGAAAAUCAAAUUCUUAAUGACUUAAAACGAAUAUUUCAAAAUAUUUCAUCUAUUCAUUUUACUUACAAUCAUUUUGAACAAUUACCUAUGCAACAACAAUUAUCAAUUAUUAUACAAACAGAUAUUUUUAUUGGCAUGCAUGGUGCUGGUUUAACACAUGUUCUUUUUAUGAAAACGAAUCGUUUUCUUAUUGAAAUUACUACAACUGUUUGGCAAAAACAAACACAUUUCGAACAAAUGGCUUCGAUUAAUAAUAUUCAUUAUCAUCGUUGUUUAAUUCUCAAUGGACAUUCAACAACUGCACAAACUAUAUUUAAUUGUUUAACAAAAACACUUUUUCAGAUGUGUUCUUCAUUUAAAUUAUCAAUCAAUUCUAUUCCUUCGUUGAUUAUAGAAAGAGAACCGGUGUAA